AUGGCCCAAGGGAGGAGAGGGCCCAGACCAAGGCCUCCUUACGACACUGGAAAGGAUUAUAGGUGUGAUUGGCUGGGGUUUCUGGAGGAGCUGGUUCUGCAGAUAGGAUACAGUCAUCCAAAGGCCAGCGAAGAUGGCUUGGCACUCAGUGAGUCUACACACUCACCCAGCAUCAAUAUUCGUCCUCUGAGAUACUUUGAGGAUGUGACAGCAACAACACUCAAAGAGAAACUGCAGGGCCUCUUGACAGACAGAUGGACAAACAUCUUACUGACCGUCACCAAAGUAGAUGUUUCACUGUCUAAACCAGAACCAAAGACCAGAGCUGAGUUUUUAAAAUGUUCCCAAGAAAUCACUCUGGAUCCAAACACAGCAAACAAUUAUCUGUUAUUAUCUGUAGGGAACAGAAAAGUGACAGUAAUUAAACAACAACAGUCUUAUCCUGAUCAUCCAGACAGAUUCACUUACUGGCCUCAGGUUCUGAGUAGAGAGAGUCUGACUGAACGUUGUUACUGGGAGGUGGAGAAGAGAAGUGGAGGAAGAAUUAAUGUAGCAGUUUCAUAUAAGAACAUCAGCAGAGCAGGACAAUCAGAUGAAUGUUUAUUUGGAUGCACUGACAAAUCUUGGUCUAUAAGCUGUGAAACAAAUGGCUAUACGUUUUGUCACAAGGACAUUAAAACUUCACUAUCAGGUCCAGUUUCCUCCAGAAUAGGAGUGUACCUGGAUCAAAGAGCAGGUAUUCUGUCUUUUUACAGCGUCUCUGACACCAUGACUCUCCUCCACAGAGUCCAGACCACAUUCACUCAGCCUCUAUAUGCUGGAGUCAGGCUCAGACCUUCUUUGUUUGGAUCCUCUGCUGAGUUUGUUAACCUGAAAUAG